AGUCGAUAAUUUUCCGGAAAAAAAUUGUGAUAAAAUUGCGGAUAAAUCCGGGUUGUCUGCUUAAUCAUGAAGCGAGCGCGCCAGCCGAAAAUUACCACGCAGGCUCUGCUGGAUUUCGACCUGGGCGAGAGCUCCUCGGACAGCGAAUUCCUGCCGGACAUCGACAACUGCUCGGACGGAUCGAAGGAUGAGAGCGAUGGCGACGAGAGCAGCGACGCCAGUAGUGAGUCCGAUUCUGACUCGGAUUCGGACGCGGAGAGCGAGGACUCGACGCUGAUGCUCCGCCAAUUGCUGGCCGAAUCGGAACCUGCGCCCGUGGAGAACGGCAUCAAUGGCGGGGACCAUGGAGCAGCUGCUCCUGCGGCCGGAGGAGUCCCUCGGCCCCCGUUGCAGCUGUCCAAAGCUCCGGCGAAGCGGAUGUGCUGCGUCUGCCUCGGCGAACGCAGCGAUGACGUCAACGAGAUUGUGGAGUGCGACUCCUGCGGCGUUUCCGUCCACGAAGGAUGCUACGGGGUCAGCGACAACGUGAGCAUCUCCAGUACAAACUCCACCUGCUCCACGGAACCGUGGUUCUGCGAGGCCUGUCGCGCCGGAGUCUCGGAACCCGACUGCGAACUGUGCCCCAAUAAGGGCGGCAUCUACAAGGAGACGGACGUGGGCAAAUGGGUGCACCUCAUCUGUGCGCUGUAUGUGCCCGGCGUGGCCUUUGGCGAGGUGGAGCAACUGUCCUCGGUGACGCUGUUCGAGAUGCAGUACAGCAAGUGGGGCGCCAAGGUGUGCUCCCUCUGCGAUAACGCCCUAUUUGCCCGUUCGGGAGUUUGCAUCGGUUGUGAUGCAGGCAUGUGCAAGACCUAUUUCCACGUGACCUGCGCCCAGGUGGCCGGAUUCCUGAUUGAAGCACACCACGAGGACGAUGCCGCCGAUCCGUUCUACGCCCACUGCAAGGUGCACUCGGACAAGGAAAUGAUCAAGAAGCGGCGACGAAACUAUCACACCCUGCGGCUCAACAUGUUGCAGCGAGCCAGGGAAAAGGAGGCAACAGCUGGCGACCACGAGGCACCUGCUCCCCACCCGAAUCCAGCGCAAGCGCGCAUUCAGCGCAAGCUCCAAAAGAUCCAGCACAAGUACGCGCGGCACAAGGAGCUCAAGCCCACGCCGUGGGUGCCAACGCAGAAAAUGUCGCGCUUGCUCACCACUUCGGCCUCCGCCUGUCGUCGCCUGUUGGCCAAGGCGGAGAUCAUGUCGGUGGAUGUGCAGCAUCUGGAGCAGCGGGAGGCACACAUCAACGCCCUUACCGACAUUCGAAAGAAGUGGCACAUUGCACCGGCCUUCAGUGUUGAGUUUACGGCCUACUACAUGGACCGCAUUGUCCGCAUGGAUGACUUCCGCCAACAACAACGGCAGCUUAUCUCGCAAAACGCCAUUUUGUCCAAGGAUCAGGACGUGCUCAGGGCUCAGUAUGACACGGCAUUGGAGGAACGCAAGGCGGUGAAGGCCACCAAGGAAUCUCUGCUAACGAGCAUUAAGUCGCUGCACGCCUCUUUGGCCCAAAUCGCACCAAACAUGACGCUGCCUAGCGUGGAUCUCAUAGCACGUCCAUUGCCAGAGGUGCCGCCCAAGACAAGUACGCCCACUCCACCCCAGCGACCCAUUUCAGUGCCCACAGCUGCUGCCCUAAAAAUGGGCGUGGGUUUUCCGUUGGGCCACCUAGGCCCACCGGGCAGUAAGCUGGACUCUUCACGAAUGCUCAGUACUCAGGCCAAACAGGGCAAGCACGGCAGCUCGUCGGCUUCCGUCGAUGCGGCUCCUUCGGUGGCCUGCGGUAUCUGCAAACGGAGCAAGGAUCAGCACUUGUUGGUCAAAUGCGACACAUGCAACCUGCACUACCAUCUGGGCUGCCUAAAUCCACCGCUCACACGUCCGCCAAAGAAAUCCAAGCAGUACGGCUGGCAGUGCUCUGAGUGCUGCGAUAAGUCGGAUGGUUCAGAUGCCGUCACGGAGAUCUCCUCGGGGCCGAGAAAAUCCCGCAAUCGCUUCAACAAAGAUGGCCAUUGGAUCUACGAGGAUCGGUAUUCGCUGGACGAUGUUCCAGUGGCCAUCGCUCCCAAAAGGGCGAUCAACAAAUCCUUGCCAGCUCCUGCUCCGGACUACAUUGAGGAUCUGACCAAAUCGCCGAAACGUCCCAAGCUGCAAUCGCCGCAUAAAACACCAACUAAUGCUAAUCUCACGGAUCUUCUUCCGCCAGUUCCUGCCGCUAAUGCCACACCCACACCCGCAGCUGCUCCUGCGUUGGCAACUCCCAAUGCCAGCGCCUUGAAUCUAUCUGGCUGCGAGGAUUCCAUUGACGACUCUUGCGGAAAACUAUCCCGCAAGGGCAAGCGCAAGGACAAGCACAAGAACAAACACAAUCUGUCGUCGGACACGGAGAAAUCCAUCGGCAAGGAGCACAAACGGAAGCGAAAAAAGCGGGCUCACCUCGACGAAUCGUCGUCUCACCUGGACACCGUGGCCAACUCCUCCGGCAGCACCAUCAAGAUCAUUUUCAAGGCACUGCGCCUGCCCGGCGAGGAUGCGCCCGAAUCGCAGUACUUCUACGUGCCGGCCAACGCAGUGCGUUCCGUGGAUGAAGCCUCGCGUCCCACCUCGGUUGAAACGGUCGAGGACAGUGUCCAGGGAGCGGAGCAGGCCUUGGCCCCCAUUGUACUGCCGGCAGCGUCACCGCAAAAGAUACGGGAGCCCAAGGAGGCUCCUGUUCCCGCUGCCGCUCCCGUCGCCGUCACCACUACGCCGUCGCCAAAGCGAAAGGUUAGUCCUCGGAAGGCAACUCCCCGGAAGACUCGGGUGGGUCGUCCCCGAGUGUCCAACACCAAGCCGAAUGUGGAGAUCAGCUGCUGUGUGUGCAGCCAGACGGGAAAGACCAACCAAGUGGUGACCUGCGACGAGUGCCACCGACACUAUCACUUCGCCUGCCUCGAGCCGCCGCUCAAAAAGUCGCCCAAGAUUCGCGGCUACUCCUGGCACUGCGCCGACUGCGAUCCCACGGACGAGGAUGCACUGCCCAAGAAAUAGAAACUAAAACUAUUUAGUAUAGGUUUUUUACCAUUUUGAAACGAAUUAUCUUAAUAGGCAUCGCGAUAUUUACAAUAAUAACAAUUGAAUAUAACAUACAAUUAUACUUAGAUUUAAUAAUAAACUAUUGAAGGUAUUGUAAUAUAAAAAAUGGCUAAUUUCAAUUGUCGGACGUGGGUUCUUAUAAAAUAAAUCACUU